AUGCGUCCCGCUGAUGCUCCCAUAGAGGUCCUUCCGCCAGUCAGUGAUGCGAGAAUGCACCUCUCAGCGCUCCCAACGGCAUUUGCAUCAUCUAUGAUCAGAGGUGUGGAGACUGUGUCCGAAGAAAAAGGGAGCGGUGUGGCUCCCACACACUGCAGAGGCACUGAAGAGAAUGAUAGAGAUAUGCAUGUACUCCGUCGCGAUGGUCUGGUAAAGACCGCAGUUUCGAGGGAUUCGAUCCAUCUAACACCCGAGGAAUGGGAGAAGUGGGCACAAUUGAAAGAAGUGUUCUCAGGUGUAUUCAAUAACAAAGAGCUACCAGUGGGUAGGCCACCCGCUAGAUGCUCUAUGCACCGCAUCGAAAUCAUCCCUGACUCAGCCCCAAGGUUCGUCCCAAGGUACAGGCGACCCCAACGCCUUGAAGAGGGAAUUGAGCGGCAGGCGGACGAACUUCUAAAAAUGGGCAAGGUUCAGCCUUCAACUAGCGGCUUUGGGCACAAUCCGGUGCUGGUGAAGAAAAGGGACGGCGGGUGGAGCAUGUACGUCGACUUCAAGCAGCUCAACAAAAUUACAGUGAAGCAGAAGUAUCCGAUGCCCAGGGUCGACGAAAAUCCCUAA